AAUAUGGCCGAUAUAAAUGAACGUUUAAAUCUCGCCGUCAAAGCCUUUGAGAGUGGGAAGUUCUCUACAAAGGCCGCCUGCGCUGCCGCGUUUGACGUCAAGAUAAGCACUUUUAAAGAUCGUUUAAAUGGCAUCAAAUCACGUACGGAAAAAGAUGCUAAUGGUAGAAAGCUAUCUACAAUUGAGGAAAAUACGUUAAAGCAGUGGCUUCUUGAUAUGGCCCACCGUGGACUGCCU